GGGUAGACCUGGAGAUUUCAGACUCUUCUAUUGAAUAAGGACACGUUCACGUUCAAUAUGUUGAAGUUGAUGUUUGUCGUUGCUGUUGUCGGCGUGGCGGUCGCUGAGAGGAAAUGCGCCCCGCCAUCUUGGAGAGCAGAUGAGGGGUCCUUUGGAUUGGGCCUGCCUCGUAUCAAAGGGGACUACAAGCCGCUUAAAGAGAGGGGACACAACACCGUCUACUACGACUUACAGAACCAGAGGACGGCUAUUCGGUCCAACAUUUCUGUCGGAGACCGUGAAGCGGAUUUCAAGAUUAUCACCGACUAUAAAGCAGGAGUUCGCUACAUAAUCAACGAGAAGAAGAACACCUGCAAAGUCAAAGAGAUCAAGCGAAGUUUCCCAGAAGUAUGCAUACCAGAGAAAACGAGGUUUUUGUUUGAUGUGCAGCUCGGGUUCGCAGUCAAUGGCGAAAAGACCAUCAGUGCCAAGGCUUACUUUGGCGAGUUCGACAGAAGGAAAGGAAGAGUAGGCGUCGUCGCCACCGUCACCAGCGACCGCAACAUCCCCGUCAUGUCCUAUGAAUACGGCCUCGGAAAAAACAAAUACCUCCAGUCAACGCUUUUUGGAAAUGUAGCUGCCCCAAUACCAUCUGAUGAAUCUGGUGUCUUCUCUCCACCCGCUAUCUGCAACAAGAUGUACUUUCAAGAUGAAGAAUUCGAGGUUUUCCUCGGGCCUAUGGCUAAGAUGCUGCUUUAAUAGUCUGAAAUGUUGUCAUCAAGAUAACCAAGAGUAACCGAUGUAUUCUGCCCAGACGUUGACAUGGAUGACAUAGUGCUGUAGUGAUGUUUGUUAUUAAAUUCAUCUGCAUCAUUGA